GAAUGCCGAGAAAUCGCUCCUGGAGAUCUCCUCCCUCCAGCAGACGCUUGUGUCGCAUCUGUCGACGCAGGAGGAGUAUAUCGAGCAGCUGGUCAUGGAUGCGUCGACAACGACGUCGAACAUUGGGCAGGGGAACAAGGAGCUGAAGCGCGCGACGCAGCAGCGCAGUACGGCGCAGGCGGUGUUUUGGGGGACGGUGGGAUUGUCAUGGCAUUACCGGACAUAUUACUACGAUACCAUUCUAACCAUAUACACCAUUGGACCAUAA